AUUAAUAUUUAUGUCGGUUAGUUUUGUUGGCACCAAUACUACAAUUUUUUUAGUAAUUACUAAAAAUAGUUUACAUUAAAAUAGACUAGUCCCUAGCUAUUAUCUUUUCCUCCAGUGAGAAGUAUAGAUGUUGAUUCAAAGGUGUGAGAUGCGGCAGCUUUGUUUUGAAGCAUAAUGAUUAGUUGUAAGGAUUAAAGUAUUCCACCAUGUUGGCGAAGGUUUGUGAUUGUGGACUAUGUGAAGAAUGAAGACAUGUCGAUUAUAAAAGGAUGUAGAGCACUAUCACAGGGGCACUUUCUGGUUCAUUUUUAAGUUCUAAAUUAGAAGUGAGAUUUUUGGUAGUAACUAUUUAUCUGUAUUGUACAUAAUGCAGGAUAAAUAUCUCCAGAAGUUGCACUUUUUCAAAAGUGGGAUCCCUUUGCCCGAGUUUAGGGAGAUACAUAAUUUUGAAAGUGCUAAGAGGGCUGGAGAGUUGUAUGGUUAUCCAUUGAUGAUCAAAAGCAAAAGGCUUGCCUAUGAUGGGCGUGGCAAUGCUGUUGCUAAGUCUGACGAAGAUAUUCCUUCAGCAGUCACUGGUAUGUUCAGUAUCUAGCUCUGGACUGUUGAAUUUCUACCUGACUCUAUGGUUGUUUAUGAAGAGUCAUCAUUAAAGAGUUGAAGCACUAAUCGAUAACAUUCAGAAUGCGUUUGGUAGUUUAGUGAUGUUCUGUGUGUCACCUGAAUUAUCCUGAUAGUAGAAGCUUUGGGUUGGCAUUCAACUCCUUGUCGUUCAAGCUUAUCAAGUGUAGCAACAUCAACAUGCUCAAUCUCCACAGUCAAAACAUCACAUCUAACCAAUAAAAAGACAUAUAGGCCAUUAAAGAUGGAAAGUAAACUGCAUAAUCGACAUGUCUUCAUUCUUCACAUAGUGCUCUACAUCCUUUUAUAAUCGACAUGUCUUCAUUCUUCACAUA